GAGUACUGGCCAGCCUGCAGACGACGCAAGAAACGACAUGGCGAGCUGCAUCUCUCGAUAAUAUUGUGGGUUGGCGAAAUUUUUGUUGCGGCUUCGGGUGAAGACGUUAGAAAUUCAUUACAAGACCACAUUAUCUUUAUUGGAAACCUUUUCUUCUCACUCCGCGGUGCUCAAAGUGCAGUGACCUGUUGGUCAGUCCUCGAUUCUUGUCCCCUUUUGACAGAGCAGCACCAACCAGUCAAACAUGUAUUUUAUAAAAUACAGAACGAGACAAACGAUUCCUCUGAAAAUGCUCAAUUUCUUUAGUUAGAAAAUAGGACCUGAUGCCGUUCCUGAGCUCGAGAUUUUCCAUCAAAGUCUUGAUGUAUUUCAUUAUCAAGAUCAAAGUUGCGGCUCAUUAGGCCUUGAAGUGGUCUCUCAACUAACGCAGCACUGCAAGAAAUACAUAUCUAUUGUACCUGAUUUAUUGGUGAAGUGUUAUCUUAAUCAGCCAUGGUUAUUUUGCAUACAAAAUUUGCUGGCUUCACAAGGACGUUACUGGUCGCAUUUCUAAUAUUUGUUGUUGUAGUAUUUUUAUUCCAUCCGGGAAGAUUUGCUGCUUCCUAUGAUUUUAUUGAUAAGAGUGAUAUAUUUAGGCAUUUAGUGACUGUGCCUCCACCUGAAAAUAUUACAAAGCCAUUGUGUCCAAUGAUUUCCUACUCAAAGAAUAGCUCUCAUGGUUCGUAUUUGUUGGACCUUAACUUUAAAGAGUCAGAAAUUAGUUCAGGUGGAAGGUGGGAACCUGCUAAUUGUAUUGCACAACAUAAAAUAGCAUUAAUUAUACCUUACAGAAACAGAAAAAAACAUUUAUCUACAUUUAUUGACUAUAUUCAUGGCUUUCUUCAGUCUCAAUUUAUCGAGUAUUCUAUUUAUGUUGUUGAACAGAGUCCUAAACUAGCUUUCAAUCGGGGACUUUUGUUUAAUAUUGGAUAUACUUGGGCUCUUCAACAAGAACAGAUUCCAUGUUUCAUUUUCCAUGAUGUGGAUCUUCUGCCAGAAAGUUUAGAAAACAUUUAUGCUUGCACUGAUAUGCCAAGACAUAUGUCAAGCAGUGUUAAUACUUUCAGGUACAAUCUGCCUUAUGGCACUUUAUUUGGUGGAGUAGUUGCCAUGCUUCAAGCUCAAUUUCAAAUGAUAAAUGGUUUCCCCAACAGAUAUUUUGGUUGGGGUGGGGAAGAUGAUGACCUUUUUAUGCGAGUCAUCAACAAAGGCAUGAGCAUUGCCAGGUUUGCUCCUGAUAUUUCUAGAUAUUACAUGUUACCUCAUAUCAAAGAAUCGAGUACAGCUGAAAACACGCAGCAGUUGCAGUAUGUGUCAGAUUAUCAAGAUCGCGAUGGAUUGAAUGAUUAUAUCCGCUACUGUUCUGUAAUUAAGGAUAAACUUUUUCCUCUUUAUACCCUGAUCACUGCGGAUUUGCAAUUGCCUGUAGGGUAUGAAAAACUGAACCAGUGAUAUUUGCUCCCUCUCUGAUAAAACACUCAUAACAACUACCUGUAUCUUUUAUUAAUGUGUAUUUCAACACGUUUUCUGUGAUAAAAUCUGAUUCCUGUUGCGUUGCAUUUCUAGACAUUGAGUGAUUUUGUAGCAGAAACUUUUCACUUAACUUUAGGUUCUUAGAGUAUGAUUUGCUGUGAUUUCUUGAACUCAAUUUAUUGUUUAGUGUGUGUUAGUGUAUAGAUGUGACACUUCCAAUACUGUGUAUUGUCAAAAAUUUUCUUUCGGAAAUUAUCUUGUGUCUGCACUUGUUCCUGUCUGGAUUUCUCUAUCGAUCAAAAUAAAAAUUAUUGUGAUAUGGUG